UCUCAGCAGAAACUUUUGUAAUUUGGGAUUCCUUUCAAACUCUCAAAUAUGCAUUCACACAAAAUUUGUAAGCACUUUAUGAUAUGCGUACCCUUUAGUGUCAUAUUUGACCUCAGAGUGUCCAUUGAGGUGUGUCCACAGAAAUAAAAGGAGGGCUGUAAUUAGUAAUCCGCUUUGCUCGGACUUGUGUCUUUAGAGCUUUGUCUAAGGCACUUGAAACAGUUGUUGAGAGACGUAUCAUACUACCAUAUCAUAUGUAAGCGAACUGUAAAGAAACUGUGCCAAUGUCUGCUUGGGGGACACCCACCAUAAAGUAAACAUGAAAUGGAACAAUAAUAAAUUUUCUAAAAGGCAUGUGUAAAAACGAAAACUAAAAAUCAUGCCGCAAUUGAAGCAAACGCUACUGACAUAUAAACGGAAUCCAAAGUGAAGACAGAGUGACAAUUCCCCUAUAUUUUUGCUCAGGCGUGGCAGCAGGUGGAGAGGUGUGGGGCGCGGUAAGGGCACUUCUGAGGUAACCUGGCAAUACGAUGUCGGUGAAUUUCACGCUCCAAUGGCGCGCAUGUCUCGAAGAAAAACAAAAUGAGUGUCAAGUGCUAAACCCAAACCGUGGUGUAAUGUCUGCAGACGCCUGGGGGGCCGUGAAAAGGUGCUGAGUUGACAAUGGGAAAGUUAAUUGAGUAGUACUCAAAUCGCAAUUAAUUACUCCCUCCCCCCAGUAGGCCUACAAGGAAGCACCAAUGAGCUGAACUUGAAAUCAAAGCUCGAAACGAAAACGAAACUGAUACCGUACUAUCUGAAUCCAAAAUCGAUUACCAGUACCAGCGCGAAAAAAAAUUUACCGAGACCAGUUUGGCCGACAAUUGUCAAAUUGUCAACUGACAUCACGAUAUACUUUUGUACCAAUUACCGGUUUGGCCCAGCGCAACUUCUUAUGGAUAAUUCUGGGGCAAUGCCGCCUCAUAUAAAGUAACAAGCGACGGGAGUGAACCGCAUCAUUAAGUCAACGUCGUUCGCAUCGCCAAGAGUCUGUGAACUCCAUCCUCAUUCCCAACAAACACGGAUACAAAAGUCCAAUAUUCGCUUCGACAGUUUUGUGUGGAACGUGUCAGUCAAAAUGCAAGCCAAAGUUCUUACGGUAGUUUCCCUUUUGGCUAUCGCCGGUUCCUGCAGUGCAGGAUUCGCGGCCACGUACGCUGGAUUCCAUCCGGCCACAUAUGCCACUUAUCAGGCUCCAACAGCUGUAUAUCAGCAACCGUAUGCCACUCCAGUAUACCAACAUGUAGCUCCAGUGCUGGCCAAGACCGUCGUGCCGGCGGCGCCUGUGUACACAAAGUCCUAUGCCCUUCCAGCUCCAUUUGUCAAGGCCGUUGCCAGUGUAAAGCAAGUGGAGGUAGAGUCGGCUCCACGCUACGACUUCUCCUAUGGAGUCCAGGACUCCCUGACCGGCGACAUCAAGAGCCAUCAGGAAACCCGCGACGGAGGCAAUGUGGUUGGCUCGUACAGCGUGCUAGAUGCUGAUGGCUUCAAGCGCACGGUGACCUACACCGCUGACGAUAUCAACGGAUUCAAUGCCGUUGUCCAGCGUGAGCCUUUUGUAGCCUCCCGUGCCGCCCCUGUCGUAUCUCUGCCUGCUCCCAUAUACUAUCCCCAGCAGACGCAAAUCCACCAGCAGCAGCUCUUCGCCCCUCAGCAGGUGGAGGAGCAAGGCGAAGUUGUAGAGGCACCGACACAGCCCGAGGUUGAUCCCACUCCUGUGGAUUAUACUGAAGGAGAGGAUCAGCAGCAGCAGCAGCAGCAGCAGCUCCAGCAAGACUACCCGCAGGAUCAACAGUUUCCCCCCUACGCCCCUGUUUCGCCAAUGCCCGCUGCCGCGGAAAACAACGAUGACUCCGAUGUUGUGGAGGCGCGCUCUGCUGCUACAGUGGCAAGUGCCAACACCACCUCUACAGUCGCCCCAGCGCCUGUUAAUGAGGAAAACAGCGGAAACGAAAAAAAGACGGCCUAGAUUGUGACACUCCUGAAAUUUGUUGAAAAAAUUAUUGAAAAAUAAAUUGGACACGA